AUGGAGUUGUCCACCUUCAAAAUAGAGAAGAUAGAGAGCCAGAUUCAACCACUUGAGCCAAUCAAAGGCACCACAUUUUUCAGAACCUGCUUCAAUGGACUCAACACAUUAUCAGGUGUUGGAAUAUUAUCCAUUCCAUUUGCUCUAUCUCAAGGAGGGUGGUUGAGUUUAGUGCUUCUCUUCUCAGUAGCAAUCUUGUGUUGGUAUACGGGGCUGCUUCUACAGCGAUGUAUGGACUCAAAUCCGCAGAUAAAAACUUAUCCUGACAUUGGCCAAGUUGCUUUUGGAUGCAAAGGAAGAGUGGCCAUUUCCAUCUUCAUGUACCUUGAGUUGUAUUUGGUUGCAGUUGAAUUUCUAUUACUAGAAGGUGAUAACUUAAACCAGUUGUUUCCAAACAUGAGUAUAACCAUGGCAGGCCACACAGUUGGAGGUAAGCAGUGCUUUGUUUUAGCCACUGCCCUUGUAAUACUACCAACUACAUGGUUGAAGAACUUGGGAUUGCUGGCAUAUGUUUCUGCCGGCGGGGUUUUGGCUUCAAUUAUCUUGGUUGCUUGUGUUUUUUGGGUUGGUGCUGUUGAUAGUGUGGGAUUUGAAGAAAAAGGUGAUCUCCUGAACUGGAAAGGAUUGCCUACUACUGUCAGCUUGUAUGUGUUCUGUUACUGUGGCCAUGCAGUUUUUCCCACAUUGUGCAAUUCCAUGAAAGACAGAAGCCAAUUCCCAAAGGUUUUGCUUGUAUGCUUCAUAACAAGUACCGUCACCUAUGGAACCAUGGCGGUUUUGGGUUACUUGAUGUUUGGAGAAUAUUUGAAGUCUCAAGUGACAUUAAAUCUUCCAGUCCAGAAAAUCAGUUCAAAAGUAGCAAUCUACGUUACAAUAGUUAACCCCCUGACCAAGUAUGCAAUUAUUAUCACUCCAAUUGCUACUGCAAUAGAGGACACACGCCAUUUUCGCAACAGUCAUGCCAUUUUCAGCAUCAUGGUGAGAACUGUGAUUGUGAUAAGCACCGUCUGUGUGGCGCUGAUGGUUCCAUUUUUCGGUUACAUCAUGGCAUUCGUCGGUGCAUUUCUGAGUGUCACAGUCUCAAUCUUGUUGCCCUGCCUAUUCUACCUGAAGAUUAACAGUGCAGUAGUUCGUAGAUUUGGGUUCGAGUUGAUGACAAUACUUUGCAUUAUGGUAAUAGGGUCUUUUGUUGGGGUUGUGGGUACUUACACUUCUCUGAAAAAUAUUGUAAACCAUCUCUAA